AUGUCUUCAGAGAAGAGGAUAGACAUCACCCAACCUUUAUGGGACCAGAGCACGUUCGUGGGCCGGUUCCGGCACUUCGCUUUUAUAUCCAAUCCAUUGUUGACGUUUGUGCCGGAAAAGCAGUUGUACGAAGCAAGAGAUCUCUAUAUGAAGUACAAAGCAGGCCAAGAACCGCAAGGUACGACCAUGGCUCAAGUGAUAAGAGCCAAGCAACUGUACGAGUCAGCAUUCCAUCCGGACAGCGGCGAGCUGCAGAAUGUGUUCGGUAGAAUGUCCUUCCAAAUGCCUGGUGGUUGUCUAGCCACAGGAGCUAUGUUACAAUGGUACAGAACGGCAACAGCGGUGGUGUUCUGGCAGUGGGUGAACCAGUCGUUCAACGCGCUGGUGAACUACACGAACCGCAACGCGAACGCGCCGCUGAGCACGAAGCAGAUGGGCGUGGCCUACGUGUCCGCCAUGACCGCCGCCAUGUCCACCGCGCUCACCUUCAAGUUCGUCAUACAGAAGCGCGCCACUAACCCCAUUUUAGCCAGAUUCGUGCCUUUCGUUGCGGUUGCAGCCGCUAACUGGGUCAACAUCCCGCUUAUGAGGCAGAACGAAAUCUUACUAGGCUUAGAGGUGACGGAUGAAAAUGGAAAAGUCAUAGGGAAGUCGCAAAUAGCGCCCAUUAAGGGUAUAUCGCAAGUUGUGACGUCCAGGAUCGUAAUGUGUGCGCCGGGUAUGCUUCUGUUACCUGUGAUAAUGGAGAGAAUCGAACCCAAGCCCUGGAUGCAGAGGAUCAAGAAGGCGCACAUUCUUAUUCAGACGGCCAUAGUGGGCGUUUUCCUAACAUUCAUGGUGCCUACCGCUUGCGCGCUGUUCCCUCAGAGAUGUAAACUAUCAACUGACACGAUCAAGCGUUUCGAAAAAGAAAACUACGAGGAAAUCGUGAAAAAUACCGACGGCAAGCCUCCGAAAUACGUGUACUUCAACAAGGGUCUGUAG